UACUCGUAGAUCAGGACAGAACUCGAUCCUCGGCUCAUAUUCUUUGUCGAUGAUGUAGAACAUCUCGUGAUACAGAGACCGUCUGUCGUUGCGAUGGCCGCUGCCUCCUUUUUAGAGAAGGAGCAGCCCCUCCUGCAGCUCCAGGAGGUGGACUCCAGUCGAGUUGGCAGCCGCGUCCUCCCUCUGGCCCUCAGCUCCUCCUCUCCCGGCUUGUGUCUGGAAACCAGCAAGCCCAUCUGCAUCCCCUCCCCUUACACCGACUUCCCCACCAUCCCCUUCUACAGUCCAACUAUCUUCACUUAUGCCGGUCCGGGCAUUUCAGACUGCCCCUCCGUCCGUCAGUCACUAAGCCCCUCCUUGUUCUGGCCCGGCCACGUGGGGCCUCCCAUACCGCUGCACCACUCCCAGCCUCGUCCUCCGCACGGGCCGCCAACCCAGAGUCCAUGGGUGGAGCUGUCCCCGCGGGACAGCGUCUUAACGACCAGCAAGAGUGUGAGGAGACGUUCUCAGGAGAGCGAGGAGGCCGUGGUGUCGUCCGGUGGGAAGGCGGACCUCCACUUCUGCGCCGUGUGUCACGACUACGCGUCCGGCUACCACUACGGCGUCUGGUCCUGUGAGGGCUGUAAGGCCUUCUUCAAGAGGAGCAUCCAAGGACACAAUGACUACAUCUGCCCAGCAACUAAUCAGUGCACUAUAGACAAGAACCGGCGUAAGAGCUGCCAGGCGUGUCGCCUUCGCAAAUGCUGUGAAGUUGGCAUGACCAAGUGUGGAAUGCGGAAGGAUCGUGGGAACUACAGAAACCCGCAGACGAGGCGAGUGACCCGUCUGUCUUCACAGAGCAGAACCAACGGUCCGAAGGCGUUGAACGGACCGGCGGUGGAUUGUAAACGCUCCGGAGCCCUCCUGCAGCUGACGGCAGAGCAGCUGAUCGGGAGGAUAAUGGAGGCGGAGCCGCCGGAGAUCUAUCUCAUGAAGGACAUGACGAGGCCGCUGACUGAAGCGAGCGUCAUGAUGUUGCUCACCAACCUGGCUGAUAAGGAGCUCGUUCACAUGAUCAGCUGGGCCAAGAAGAUUCCAGGCUUUGUGGAGUUCGGCCUCUUGGACCAGGUGCACCUGCUGGAGUGCUGCUGGCUGGAGGUGCUGAUGAUGGGACUGAUGUGGAGGUCAGUGGACCAUCCGGGGAAACUUAUCUUCUCCCCUGACCUCAGCCUGAGCAGAGAAGAGGGGAACUGUGUCCAGGGCUUCUCAGAGAUCUUUGAUAUGCUGAUAGCUGCGACGGCCAGGGUGAGAGAACUCAAGCUCCAGAGGGAGGAGUACGUCUGCCUCAAGGCCAUGAUCCUCCUUAACUCCAACAUGUGCCUCAGCUCGUCAGAGGGCAGCGAGGAGCUGCAGAGUCGCUCCAAGCUGCUGCGUCUGCUGGACGCUGUGACGGACGCUCUGGUGUGGGCCAUCGCCAAAACGGGCCUCACCUACCGUCAGCAGUACACCCGCCUCGCCCACCUGCUCAUGCUGCUCUCACACAUCCGCCAUGUCAGCAACAAAGGCAUGGACCACCUCCACUGCAUGAAGAUGAAGAACAUGGUGCCUUUGUAUGACCUGCUGCUGGAGAUGUUGGACGCCCACAUCAUGCACAGCUCCCGUCUGCCCCAACGGCCCGCGCAGCAGGAGUCCAGGGAGCUGGCGGAGAUUCCCGCUCGGCCACACAGCUCCGGGAGCGGCCCGUCAAAUACCUGGACUCCCGGCAGCACCGGAGGUGGAGGUGAACCGCAAUGA